AUGUUCAAUAUCGUAUCUCUGGAACAUGAUGCUACUGAUAAAGUGGUAGUAAAACAAUACUAUGAGGCACCGUCUCCAAAUGAUUUUAAAGACUUGAAACGUAAAUGCAGUCCCUUUCUUCUCUUUCGUAUGAAGGUUAAAGAGGCAAUUCAAAAAAGUGGGAGGGUAAGAAGUGCCAGUAAAAUUUCUAAAAUCGCUGCUGAAUUGUGGGAAGAAACAUCUCAGAAUGAAAAAGAGAUAUACAAUCGAUUGUCAGCUGCAUUAUCUCGUGAAAAUGUUAUUUGGUCUUCGCUACAACAACAGAAAACGCCAAUUGAUAAAGCGACUGAACCCGAAUUUUUUACCUAUUCCAAAGACGUUUGGACAAACGAGGAGUCAGAAUUAUUUGGAUUGACACUAUAA